AUGGAGUACAUGGGAAGCAAUAUAACAUACAACAAAGACAUAUACAGUGAGUUUAAGUACUACUGUGAACAGCAUGAGAUUGAAGUAAUGAGUAAAGGAGACUUUGAAACGCUUAUGAAAGACAGUGAGGAGGUCAUACAUGAGAACAGUGAUGAAAUAGUUCAUGAGAACAGUGAGGAGGUCAUACAUGAGAACAGUGAUGAAAUAGUUCAUGAGAACAGUGAGGAGGUCGUUCAUGAGAACAGUGAUGAAAUAGUUCAUGAUGUCGUUCGUGAAGAAGCCAUUGCAACAAAGAAUGAGAUAAAGGAUUUCAUAGAACUUAACAAGGAGGAGUUUAAAGAAGGCUAUGAAGUGAAAAGAUGUGAAGAAGAUUUCUUGGCGUAUUUGAAGAAAAAGAGACUAAAGCCAAUGGCUCAAAAUAAGUUUCAAUCGAUGUUUGAAAAGAAACGUUUGAGCUAUGGUGGUGUAAGAAGCACAUAUUACUUUGUUAAGAAGUGA